AUGAUGAGCAAGUUCGAUUUUUCUAGAGUUACUGCGGGCUAUGUGCCAUCCGAUGGCUCCGUCCACCAUGACCAGCUAGCGCUGGCGUACAUCGCCAACCACAUAUUCUUCCCACUCAAAGUCCCUCAGAGAUCAGACCAGUCUCGCGUAAACGAUCGCGCUAUGUGCGCGAUCGUCUGUCGGUUUGCCGAACAGUAUCGAGAACUCGCAGAAGUUGACCGAACACUUUGGGAUCCGAUGAUCCGCAUGCUAGAGAACCUACGACGAAUUGAAACUUGCGAAGCUCUUCCUGCGGAGGACAUACAACACCAGAUAACAUGUAUGCACAUUGGAGAUAGUGUGGUGUUCUAUGUUCGCGCCCAGAAUGCCGCUGUUGUUGUUCGCAAGUUUGCCGAGGAGUUUGUGUUCGAGUCGUUCGAAGUCGCCCCCUCUACUGCAGACGUCAUGAAAGCAACGGGGAAAUUGUUGUGCUCUUAUCCAGGUCCCGCGAUUGCUGUACCCAACGACAUCGUGGAGGAUGCCCAUUUUCUCAAGGAGUUGUCCUCGUUUCUAGCUCAGAUGAGUGUAGAUGAAUUGGACUCCGCAGCGACGACGAGGAAAGCGGGAUCAACGGUUGUGGAAAAAAGGGAUUCUGCCUCUCCCGGGUAUAUUACCCAGCUGCUCACCGGGAUACUUCGUGGCGUUGGUCGUCCCGCGGAUGUCGAUCGGGUCUCUAAGCGAAUCAAUGACGACGUCCUGUGGAAGGACGCAUAUUUGCCGCGGCGGAGGUCUCCGCUAUGGCUUGUCAUCCGGGUCGCGUUGCAGACGUCGCUCGGCAGGGCCAACGCCCUUUCAGAGUACAAGUUAUUUAUGGUCUUUUUCAUGUCACGUCUCCUGCGGCUGACGGUUCAGGAGGAGUUCGCCAGUGAUCAUCUGUACUGCUUCAGGGCGAAACUCAGCAGGCGACUCUAUAAGCUGGGUUCGUCCGCCCCUUUGUUCAUCACGCAAGAGGUGAAGGAUGCUGUGGACGAGACGGAAUUGCUCCUACAGCAGCGAUGGCAGAAGAUUCAGGAGCAGCAAGCUGUAUCCCCACCUUGGUCACCCUCCAUGCUGGACGUGCAGUCCGACACAUGUCUCACUCUUCAUCACUCUCGGGAUUAUAUCUCCAAGCGGCUGACGACCAAGAGUACCGCCAGCGCAGCAUGCAGUUUUGAGCCCAACCACACUCGUCGAUUGCGCGACACUCAUUGUUGCGACUUUAGCACGUUCGAUGAGGGCGCUCUACCAACUGCAUUUGCUGCGGAUGGCGAUAUUUAUGUGGCUUUAGCCGACUUCGAGAUGCUGGUACAGAAUCGUGUGGAUAAUUGGGUGGCAGAAUGCCUUGGCAAAGAAUGGGCUUGCCUCAAGCUUGCUAAAUGCAUCCAGCAGUAUUCCCAGGCAGCCCGAAAGGCCUAUGUCGGAAACCCGGAGGAUCACUCAAUGAUGCUCUUAACAGUUCUUGAACUCUGGGUUGCGCUAGAUAAGCUCGCUGUCGCACAAUGCCCUCUGCUACGGGAAUACUCCCCGGAGGUUCCCGAGACACUGUUCCAUUCCCUUCUCUUGCGCAAGUCCGCGUCGUUGGAGCGACUGUCGCGCUCUGAGAGUCACUUGAAGCACCGUCGUAAGCGUGCUGUCCCAGGAUGGUCUGUUUUCAGUGACACGGUGGACGCGCACACCUUUUCUGUUCGUUACUACCUAACAGCUCUUAAAAUGCAAGCACUGAAACAACGAAUCGAGACCGAUGCAGAGCGUGAAAGGGGAGAAAAGAGGGCUGAAGUCAGGAGGAGCAAUGAAGAUCAUCGCAGACUACUGCAGGAAGCAACCUCGCUUGACCACACGCACGGGCGACGCGAUCUGGGUUGCGCAAAAUGCCAGCUGACGCAAGACGCAAGGAACAUGCGAGUUUACGUUCAUGAGUGGCCUCUUCCUGAAGGUCGAUAUGAAGCGCAGGCAACUGUGUUCGAGCUCCAAUGCCCGAUUCCAUUCUGCGCGUGGCGUGAAACCACUUAUGGAGUUCUCCAUGACAUAUGCCUCUAUAGGCGCUCCAGGAGUGCAUCACCUGAAGUCGUUCUGAAGGACUAUAGAGCGCUCGAGAAGUAUCAGCGCGAUAUCUCCAGCCUAACUAUUGCUUCAUUCACCAAGUCGUUCGUGCAUUCCCAUUACAGCUCCGUACCACUUCCAGCGUCAGAAUCUUCCGUUUGCGUCAACAAUGGUCUCCGCUAUCGACUCUAUGAUACUCGGGAUCAUUGCUGGGCGGCGGACUUUACUGAAGAGCCCAGCGAGAACUUGCAGCACUGUACCUUUUCACUGCCCCCCACCGGUUUUUAUCGAGACAUGCAAUACGCAAUUCGGGACACGACACAUGGUCCGAACAAGGUUCUGGCAAACCAGUCGGACUGUCCAGUAGAGUUGGAUCCACACGAAUAUAGUGCAUUUGGCCUACUGCGCAGCGGGGCGCUACUACAAUGGUUAAAUAUUCUGAGAGGGAUUCGCGCGCGCGAACUUUCUUUCGAAAGAGAGGAGGUCCACCUCCUGCUCAUGCAGGCCAUCUGGCAGGUUGGGCCUUCGUGCGAUGGUGUCCGAACAUGGCACAUAGAGCCAAGCCACCCUGAUUUCGGUUUGCUCCUUCUCACCGAGCUGCGAGGCCUAUUAUCUAGCAUCGAGGGCAAUUGGUCAAACGCCACGUCUGCGAAGUCAGUCAUCAUGCUAUCAUGUCGCCUCCUCGCUUCGACCAUGGACCAGGACGUUAGGGAGUCUGCCUAUGGCUUGUUGCGCGACGCACGGCGUAUAACCUUCCGAUGGUUGCAUGAGCUAUCAGAGAAUUUGUCCAAGGUCGUCCGCGAGGAUGAAAUUUUCAGUCUGCAGCUACGCAUCUGUGCCAUGGCCGCGAUAUGCCGGAGUACGUAUGAUGUGGAUCUUGGUGACUUGGGGGCAUUGUUGGGUUCCGAAGAGGAUGUUUCUGUCUUCAUACAGUGUGCAGUCCACCUGCAUGAUAACAUUCCAACCGAGAAAGAUGUCCCGUCCGAUUUAUCUCUUCUACUGGCGCGAGAUCGGCGUCUUUCUCAUUUCUUGGAGCCGGCACUGCGGGAUGUGAUUCGAAGACUUUCCGGAGUGCUGGAUAAACCUGUCGCCAUACUAUGGCAGGAAUUCCAAGAAGGACAAACUUGGGUACAGAUGCAGGAGCCCAACGAUCGUUGGAUGACCGUGGCUUAUGAUCGUACAACAGUCCAUAUCAACGCUCUCAAUGGAGAACUGUUAGUAAAUGGCAAGCCUCUGGGGCGUUUACCAGGCGCAAUAGUCACACAUCCCGACUACACUCGAAUCUUUUCCAAGAAAAUAUUGGAUGUCAUCCCGUCCGAUAUGCCAGGCAUGGAUUUCGCCACUCGAGCUGAUGUCUUCGGCUUCCAUGUGCACUUUGCCCUCGAUCCUCAGUGUGGCCAGUUGACCAUCAAAGCGAGAUCUGGCUCAACCGUCUACGAGGUCAUCCCCCACAGCAAAUUUGUUGGAGAUUUACCCACACCUCUGAUCAUUGACUACGUGCAUUGGUUGAAGAUAGAUACAGAUCCGAAGCGUGCCGAAAUGGAGCUUCGGCCCUUGGGAGACUUGUGGACACCGUCGUUAGACAAUUGGCGCAUUCAGUUUUCGAUGAAUGGUCAUUCGACAAUGUGCCGGAAAGAUACAUGGCUAGUGGACAAUCGCAGCCCUUCAUUCGCCAUGAUCUCAGAGCGUCUGCGACCACUGGAAUGCGCCGAACAUCUAAUCAUCACGCUUUCCGCGGGUAAUUGCCUCUUGGUCGAUCUGCCGCGUUUCGAGUUGUCUUUUGUCGUGGAGGAUGGGGAGCUGAUGUCCAGAAAUUGGCGGGGUCUCAUUGUGGACUCCAAUCAGUCAUCGAAGACAAUGCUUGGACUGUCAUCGCAGCUCGUUCUGACUCAAAGAGCGAGCACCUCCUCCCUUCCUCCAGAACGCCAUGUGGUAAUUCCCAUUGGCGAUAUCAAGUUUUAUUCCUCUGGACACCACGUGAAGGUCGAAGUAGAAACAGGAACGACGAGUCGAACACGCUAUCACAAGUACAGAAUUGACUCUAAUCUCGGAUAUCUAGUUGGCAAUGGUACUCUUCUCAGCAAGCUAUACCAAGUAUACCUCCAUGCUCUGACUAGUCACUGUCUUCCUGACCCUCUGACUGGACGGACGGGGACAGAGGAAGCAUUAAGCGAGCUUCGGUCCGCUCGCUGUCUGUCAUUCCAGAAGCUUGGGCCCGACGAAGUAACACUUUUGACCCAGAUUGGUGCUAUGACCCCAGAGCGUCAAUUCUAUCCGGCACAUCUUCGCGUCAUGCAGACUGUUCAUUGGUCUGACCUCAGUCCCAUAUCUCAGCACACCGACUUUUGGGAUUGUACUGUGGUGAUCUUGAAGCACGCACAGAAUCUCGCAGACAUGUUUUACCCGGAGAAAGACAUGGCGUCGCUCUUGUCAGAUGCGUUGAAAAAGCAGACAAGUGACCGACACUUGCAGAAUAGGGCUGCUUUACGCGCCAGCAUCAUAUACGGGCGUGAAUACUCGACCUGGACUGCAACGGACGGCGAUGAUCUUCCAUAUACGACUAGAGACCUACCGCAGGACACCACGUCUGAGAAAGAAGUUGCUACCGUUUCUGCUCUGGUGCACAGUUGGCCCACAAGGCUACCUACAUGCUCUGAACUUCUUGUGGUCUUACGAAGUUGGCGGGCGCCUUUGUCCGCGGUGGAUAUCGAGUUAUCUUACGGCAAAGACUGGCUUCUCCCUGACUUGCCAGGGAUCUGGAUAGAACUGUAUGAGCGGUGUCGACUACCUUCGGGUGCGGAUAAGCGAUCACAGCUAUUGUUUGCUCUCAGCGCGAUGUCAUACAAGCCUGAAGUUCCCUACAUCAUGGAAAUCAUCGGAACAAUCUUGGCAUUCGCCAUAGAUCCUCGAUUCACAAAAUUGAAACCCCCGCUCAGAUUAUUGGAGCAGUAUCUCCUUGAGGACGGAUUCGAGCCCAGUGAGGAGAAACUCCGUGCCUUGGCAAUGUCGUCCACUAUCCCAUGCCACAACUGGCAAAGUGAACUCACCAAAGGCACGAUCGAGACCGAGAUGGAGUUCGCCGACCGUCACCGUUCUCAUUAUGACGAAAUCUGCGAAAUGGAAAUGCACAGAUUGGUAGCAGCAUUGAAGGCUCAGUGGCCUUGUCAUACGCCGUCGCGGCCAAUGGGGUCUCAUCAAGUAAUCGAGAUGGAGAGUUUCAUGGAAGAUGCGGAGGUCAAAUUUCGUAGCUGGUACCAGAACAUGGAGUUACGCAAACAUCUGAUCCAGGUCCAGUGUAUCCUUGAUCAAGUUCGAUGUCAAGGCGCUCAGGAGAUUGCUCCAUAUCCUGUUAUUCUUCGUUCUCCACAGUCCUCGACAUACCAACAAACCAUAUUAGCCAAUAUCGCAGACCUUCUCAAGCGAGAAGCACCUGCUCUAGGAGUGCAUAUUUCAGGGACCCUGUGCCACUCGUUGAUGAUCGCAAAGCAAGCUAUCAGGACAGAUGACCUGAAGGUGCUGAUUGCGAAGUUCAAAGAUCAAUCUAAUUCUACUUUCAAGCAGCACUUUGGACAUCGUCUUGAGCGCAGUCGAGUUGAUCUUGAAACUCAUCCACUUUCCACCAUGCCGAAUCCGUCUUCAUACUCAGCUACGCAUUUUAUUCGCUAUCAACAUCUGUGUCACAAGGUCUUCAAGGAUAUGACUGCCAUCAUACAACAAUGGUUAGGGCCUCAGUCAGAUGUCGAGUAUAUUCUUUAUACUUCAGGGCAAUGGCCUCGGCUAUCCACAAAGAACCUAUUGCAGCAUCUAGCAUCAACUUCCCAGACACGCAGGAUCCUAUCUAAAGAAUGGGAGCAAUGUCUGAUUUCGUACGCCCAGGCAUGCGUGCAGUAUCAGCGCUCACGCCGUUUGCUGCAGUACCUGGAACAGAAACGGUAUGAAGAUCUUGCUAAAGAGCUCGAUAACAAAGAACAUUGGACGGUCACUGAUUUGGAUGCUGGUUCCGUGAUGGACACAGACUGGCUCCUUGUUCAGAUUGAAAAUGACUUCUUGAUGCGCCCGCUUCAGCAACGUGUCGCUCGUGAGAUGAUUGCUCCGUCUUCCGGACGAAACAUGGUCUUGCAGCUUAACAUGGGUGAAGGCAAAUCCGCAGUCAUCGCCCCUCUGGUCGCGACAGCACUAGCAGAUGGUCACAAGCUUACCAGAGUCGUCGUGCUGAAGUCUUUGGCUUCUCAAAUGUUCCAUCUACUGGUGGAUCGUCUGAGCGGCCUGACAAAUCGCAGGAUAUUUUAUCUUCCAUUUUCCCGCGACGUACGAAUGGCGCCACAAGUCGUCGAGCGAAUUCGGAGUCUCUACGAAGAUUGUAUACGCGAGCGAGGAAUACUGGUUGCGCAACCCGAGCACAUACUUUCGUUCAAAUUGAUGGGUGUUGAUCACUCAGGAGACUCUGUGUCGCAGGACGGGCAGGUCACAAAAUCACUGCUCGAGUCGCAGCGUUGGUUGGACACGGUCGCCAGAGAUAUUCUCGAUGAAAGCGAUGAAAUGCUCAGUGUUGGAUACCAGUUGGUGUAUACUGCCGGUCAACAGAGGCCUGUGGAGAAUCAUCCCGAUCGCUGGAAGACGAUACAGCAUGUUCUGUCUCUCAUCAAGGACCAUUCCUCUCACGUUCAUAGGCGUUAUCCAGAUGAGAUGGAGUUCGUUCCGGGUCCUAGUGGAACAUACCCGAUGAUUCGCAUCCUUCGAGAUCACGCAUGGGAAGAGCUAGCUAUCGGUGUUGCCAAACAUAUCGUGAACACUGAUCCAAUUCUCAGACACCUCCCUGAGAAUCUCCGGCAAGCCGCGCUCACGUUUAUUACAGAGAAUGCUAGCAGUGUAUCUGGCUCCGGAGUCCGAUUGCUUGAGCAGCACUAUAAAGGUGACGGGCUGUGGAAGAAGCUGUUGCUCUUGCGAGGCCUGCUCGGAUACGGACUGAUUGGAUAUGUGUUGAAGGAGAAGCGUUGGCGGGUCGACUACGGUUUGGAUCUAACGCGAACUCUGCUGGCCGUGCCAUAUCGGGCAAAGGACGUUCCCUCUCUGAGAGCGGAUUUUGGACAUCCAGACGUCGCCAUCGUGCUCACUUGUCUCAGUUAUUACUACGGUGGCUUGACGAGCGAGCAGUUGAACACUUGCUUUGAACUGUUGUUCAGAUCUGACGAGCGUGAAGUGCUGUAUGAGUCAUGGGUCCGCGGAAAUGACGCAGUACCGCCAUUCUUACGACAGCUCAUAGGCGUCAAUUACGAGGACUCGUACCAAUGGGAACACUUCCUCAUACCUUUGUUCAGGCAAUGCCAUGCCGUAAUCGACUUCUAUCUAGCUGAAGUGGUUUUCCCCAGAGAUGCAAAGGAAUUUCCUGAAAAAUUGUCUACCUCGGCUUGGGAUCUGGCCGAGACACGGACGCAUGUGACUACUGGCUUCAGCGGUACCAAUGACAAUCAGGACCUGCUCCCAUCCAGUAUCACCCAGCACGAUCCUGUUGAUCAGCUGAGUACCAAUGCUCGAGUUCUAGCCUACUUAUUGCAGCCGGAGAACAAGACGUACAUCUGUGUAGGCGGCGAGUCCACUUCAAGUCGAGAUUACUUGGACCUGCUCGUCAAGCAGGAUCCCGAAGUUCGAGUCCUCUUGGACGUCGGUGCACAGAUGCUUGACAUGGAGAACGCCGAACUGGCAAAGCAUUGGCUUUCCCUGACGCCCCACGUUGCGGCAGCUAUUUUCUUCGACGAGCGAGAUGAACUCAUGGUUCUCACACAAUCUGGCACAAUGGAACCUUUUGUCGUUUCACCCUACAACCAACAAUUGGACCGGUGUAGCGUCUACCUGGAUGAUGCUCAUACGCGAGGAACAGAUCUGAAACUGCCACGUGAGACUCGCGCUGCGGUGACUCUUGGACCAAAAGUGACAAAGGAUCGUCUUCUGCAGGGGUGUAUGCGCAUGCGCAAGCUGGGACAUGGUCAAUCUGUCUUAUUCCUCGCCCCUCCAGAAGUGGAUCGCAGCAUUCGGGAGCUCGCUGGCACAAAGGAGACCGUUGAGACCGUCGACAUCCUGCGAUGGGCAAUGGUGCAAGCGUGCAUGUAUAUCGAGCACCAUAUCUCCCACUGGGCGCAUCAGGGUAUGAACUUCAAGAAGCGCAGCACAGCGUGGGAGGAGUUCAAAACUUUGUCUCCUGGCGGCCUGCUUCAAGCCUCAGAUUCCGGACUGACCGCUAGAUCCCUUAGGUCUACCUGGCUCUCACCCGAAGCGCGUCCUCUUGAAGAGAUGUAUGGACCUUCAGCAGGGAAUCGGGGAGCACUGUCGACUGAUGAUUCCAUGUUUGAUGAUCCCGAAGUGCGUGCUCGAUUCAAAUUGUUCGGUGUCACGUCGCUUCAGGACCCUAGUAUGGACGAAGAGCAAGAACGAGAAGUGAGCCAAGAACUUGAGCAGGAACGCGAAGUCGAACGGCCCCCCCGAGCCCAGCCUGCUGUGCACUACGUGCAUCCGGAUGUCAAACGUUUUGUUGACACUGGGUGCAUCAGUCUGGGAUCGGCUUUUGUCGGUUUGUUCUUCCCCCUCGAAGGCACAUCAGAGUACCCCGGUAACGACGUUUGGUCUUCCCGGCUUCUGGCCACUCGAGAUUUUGCGACCACUAUUGACCAGCGAAAUUCGGCACAUCACCCUUCGAACUAUAUGGCACCGGUUAACUGGAUUGUCUCCAAUGCUUCUUGCAGUCACUUGGUGGUAUUCAGCGCAUUUGAAGUCAAUGCACUCCUUCCCUUGAUUCGACGGAGCAAGGUUGUGCGCUUACAUGUGUAUUCGCCGAGAGUCACGCAUAGUAUGAAGCCGUUUGACGAUCUAAACUUCUAUUGCAUCACCUCUCUGCGAAAGAUUUGGCAACCAAGAUUGAUGGACAUCUGCCAGCUAAAUCUUUGCGCCGGACAGCUCUACUUCACCAACUACGAGAUGUAUUCCCAACUGUGCAUGUACUUGGGUAUCUGUGCCGAGGAACGACAGGAGGGAGCCAGAGUGCGGGUGGAUGGGUUUAUUGAACCGCAAGAUCGCGUCGAGGAUAUGAAAUCCCUAUGCCCGUUCAUUAAGAGUCCCAUCCCAUUCAUGAAGGAACUCGUAGGAUUGCGGCGCAAAGGGAUGGGGUAUCAAUUAACGCACAUGGGGAAGGUGCUUCAUUCAGGCCUCCUCACCGAAGAAGACUUUCAGAGACCGGAAGUUGGGAUACCGUGUGUGGCGACGCGGAACGGCGUCUUUAUUUCCUUUCUUAGACGCUUACCCAAUGCCGUUCGCGCUCACAUGCAUUUGUUCUUUCUCCUUCUAUUCUGUUUCUUUUCCAUCCCGACUCAUAUUCUCGGCUCAGUCUAG